AAAAGUCGCUGCGUGCGGGAGCACGCUGUAAAUACCCAGCCCUUGGUGUGCCUGCUGCUGGAUACAGGAAGUGCACAACGAGUGCUGCAGCCCACGCCUGGCACGGCUGUGCCUUCUCAUGGCUUUAGAUGUGGGAACAAUGUGCGGGGAGCUGUUAGUGAGGCCUCUCGAGUGAUGGUAGCAUCACGUAACUAUGCCGACUUUGCAAAUGAAGCUACGUUUGAAAUUAAGCCGUGUGACCUCCAUCGCCUGGAAGAAGGCCCUCCUACCACUGCAGUGCUGACACGAGAGGAAGGGCUCCAUUACUACAAGACAAUGCAGACCAUACGGCGCAUGGAGCUGAAGUCUGACCAGCUUUACAAGCAGAAAAUUAUUCGUGGCUUCUGUCACUUAUAUGAUGGUCAGGAGGCUUGCUGCGUAGGGCUUGAAGUUGCCAUAAAGCCUACAGACCACGUGAUAACAGCAUACAGAGCUCACGGAUUUACUUAUGCCCGAGGCGUCCCCGUUCGAGAAAUUCUCGCUGAACUUACAGGUCGAAAAGGAGGAUGUGUGAAGGGAAAAGGAGGAUCAAUGCAUAUGUAUACCAAAAACUUUUAUGGUGGUAAUGGUAUUGUCGGUGCUCAGGUUCCUCUUGGAGCUGGGAUUGCGCUCGCCUGCAAAUACUUUGGUAAAAAUGAGGUCUGCCUGACUUUAUAUGGGGAUGGUGCAGCCAACCAGGGCCAGAUAUUUGAAACAUACAAUAUGGCAGCCUUGUGGAAGUUGCCUUGUAUUUUCAUCUGUGAGAACAAUCGGUAUGGAAUGGGAACCUCAGUUGAAAGAGCUGCAGCCAGUACUGACUACUACAAAAGAGGAGACUUCAUCCCAGGGCUUAGAGUGGAUGGCAUGGAUGUUCUCUGUGUUCGAGAAGCAGCCAAGUUUGCAGCCGAGUACUGCAGAGCUGGAAAAGGUCCUAUUGUGAUGGAGUUGCAGACAUACCGUUAUCAUGGCCACAGUAUGAGUGAUCCUGGCAUAAGCUAUCGUACUAGAGAGGAAAUUCAAGAAGUGAGAAGCAAAAGUGAUCCCAUUACUUUGCUGAAGGACAGAAUGAUCAACAAUAACCUUGCUAGCGUUGAAGAAUUAAAGGAAAUCGAUGUGGCAGUGAGAAAAGAGAUAGAGGAAGCUGCUCAGUUUGCUACCACUGACCCAGAGCCCCCACUGGAAGAACUCGGUAACCACAUUUACUUCAAUGAGCCGCCCUUUGAAGUGCGUGGCCCCAACCAGUGGAUAAAGUAUAAGUCUCUCAGCCAUUCAUAAGAAUAAGUGAGUGCAUUUACAAGAACUGUAAUGACUCAGAAACCUUAAUCUUUAUUUAACACCUCCUCUUUCAAAAGAAGGUGUUGAGUAAGGCAGUCUCAUCACAGUACAGAUUGUCUUAAACAUGCCUGAAUGUUGUUUCAGAAGGAGCUAAACUAUGAGAAAGCAGCAGUUUAUUUAAAUUGCUAUAUAUUUGCUUCACAGGUUUUCUUUGGAUUGCUGUAUUUGUCAUGUACAGUGUAAAAAUAAAAAUAAAUAAACUUUAACAACAUUUAA